AUGGAUGGUAUUGCAAAUCGAGAACCGCAACGAAAGAAAUGUCAUGGUAAUAGAAUAAAUCAACGUUUUCGACAGAAAUGGCGUAAACGUGGAAUGAAAUGGGCUAAGAUUGAAAACCUACUCAAGAAGCGAAAUCAUACUAAUAUCCAACAAAAUAGUCGGACAAGUGAUUAUAUGAGAGAUAUUGGCGAUAUUAUCGAUAUGACUACAAUGCCAACGAUGAAUCUAAAUUUAAAUAAACGUCAACGAAAUAUUUCAUCACAAAAUAUAGUUUCAGCUUCAGCAAUACCUAAAUCAACAAGUUCUUCAUCAAUUAGUCAACCUCUAAGAAAAAAAAAUCGCAACUGGAACACCUAUGCUAAUCGAAGAUAUUCGUCCAGUAGAAAUGAAAACACAGAUAUACAAUUGUAUAUUCGAAAACGAUUAGAACUAUUGGAUCAACAUUAUUGUUCCGAAGCUCAUUUACAACUAUGGAAGUCAUUUCUUCGUAUAGGUCUGGAAUAUCAAGAAUGGCCAGAUGAAGUCUGUGCAAUGAGAAGAACAAACAAUUUUCAUCUAUGUCAACAACAUGUCGUCAAAUAUACAGAAGAUAUUGAACAACAAACGAGAAUGUAUCAAAUGAAAAUAAAUCAACAAUCUGCUUUUUGUCCAAUUAUACCAAUAUCAUUUGAUCGCAUUGAUCAUUGUCUCAAGGACUUUGUUGAGUCAGAACGACAAUAUCUUUUCAAACGCAAUCAAAAUCAAUUGAUUAAAUUUAAAAAUGAUAUAGAUAGAAAGAAAUUAUAUCAAACAAUUAAUACGAAUGUUUUCAAUGCUAAUAGUCUUGAUCAAUUGAUGAAAAUUAGAGAACACCAAGCAGUAAUAUGGGAAGAACAAAUGGUAUUAGAAAUGAGAAUUUUUUGUCGAUUUUUACCAAAAGACUUUGAUCAUCAGGAAAAUUUUAUAUCAUCUAUCGUACCGGUAACCAUGAAUAAAGAACGAUUACAAACUAUUCAAGAGGCGAAACGAAAAUGGCUCUAA